GGUCUUCAUUCACUUUAGGGGACAAACUUCAGGAUUUCUCCUCCUUUCCAACGUCUGUCCCAGGAGAAUGACUGCAUUGUUUUGCCCUCAUUUUAUCAGAAAGUCCUCCCAUUCGGCCUCGCUACUAUUUCUCCUUCUGCUUGCUGGUCAGAGCAGUACAAUAGUGGCUGGUCCUGGUAGAGCAAGGGUAGGCCAGGAGGGACGAGCAAGGGCUGAGGGCAGGGUUAGAUCUGGAGUGAAGGACAAGGGCGGUAACAGUGUGAGUAUUGAGGGCAACACUGAAACUGGAUUUGGAGAUACUCAUGUCUCUAGACCAGGAGCUGCAGCAGGAGAGGAUGGUGCGGGGUGGGGGGAUCCUGGUACUGCUACUGGCAUCAGGUCCAUGCUUUCUAUGGGUGAAGGUGGACUGUGGGAACCCCGCAGUUCCUCUCGCUGUGUCCCUAUCCCGCCAGGCAUGGCCUUGUGCCAAAACAUCGGCUAUGACACCAUGAGGAUGCCCAACCUGCUGGGCCACGAGUCUCCAGCUGAGGCUGUACAACAGAGUGCCAGCUGGUUGCCACUACUUGCCAGAGAGUGCCACCCUGAUGCCCGCAUCUUCCUCUGCUCUCUCUUUGCACCCAUCUGCCUUGACAGGUUUAUAUCGCCUUGCAGGAGUUUGUGCGAAUCUGUACGGGACAGCUGUGCACCAAUCAUGAAUUGUUAUGGCUACCCCUGGCCAGACAUUCUGCGCUGUGACCAGUAUCCUGCAGACCAUCUCAUGUGUAUCUCCUCUAUCACCAACAGCACUGUUACCACAUGGGGACGUAGAGUGCCUCAGGCAAGCUGUCGGGAUUGUGAGCUGGAGGAGGCAACCUCUUCAAAAGAUACACUGGAGACCUUUUGUAAGAGUGAUUUUGUUGUGAAACUGCGUCUAACACGGCUCAAGUAUAGCCCAGUAAGCCUGUCUCAAUUCACGCUGGCGGCCAAACUGGACGUCCUGAAGCAUGGACCCCUGUUAGGUGGGCAGAUCCGCUCCCGCAUACAGCUGUGGCUGGAGAGGGAUGCCACCUGUGUAAGGAACAUGACACGACACAACCCACGAGGCGGGACCUUCCUAGUGACGGGUACAGUGCAGGGGGAGCGCCUGGUGGUCAACAAGGCUUAUCACUGGCAAAGACGAGACAGGAGCCUGAUGGUAGCUGCGCGCAAAUGGAAACAUCACAGAUGCAGGAGCUAGGAUUAAGUGCUAGGUUCAAACAUUAAAAAGAACUGAGAUGUGGAACAAGCAUCAAACAAAUAUGUAUACACAAAGGGUAGGCUUAGCAUUUAGAAUUUGACUGUAAAUUAUGCUCGGUCUAGUCUUUUUUAAAUCAUUUCCAAACUCGUCUGGUUAUGGAAGAGAUAAUAUGCUGUCAGUUGGUCACAAAGGAGCUCAUAAAGUACCAACAAUGUGUCUCAGCUGAGGACAAGAAAUAAAAGAUGUUUAAUAGAAAAUGUCAAAUGUACAUAUCUGUGAAUUUUAAGUAGAUACCACUGGUCUAUAUUUGUAUGGCUUUGAGAAAGAAUAAAUGUUGUGUUCUUAAUCCUAA